UUACUAAUUUAAUUAAAUAUACUAAUAAAAUGGAAAAUUGUAAUGAAGUGUAUGUUAUUAUUAGAAGAGGAAAUAGCCAACAAUGCAAAACCAAACCCAAAUAUUUUCUACAUAUUUUACAUAAUCACAAGCACAAUCACUUCUUCUCCAUUACCCAUUUUUCCAAUUUUCCAAUUUUCACCGCCAUUGACGGAUCUUAUUCAUCCACAUUCCUGUUCAGGUGAGAGAAAUUAAAAUAGGGGAGAAAGAUAGAAUUAUAAAGAUUUCAUCUUUGAUCUUGUUCAAAGAUUCCAUCUUUUUUUGAGAUAAUUAGUUGAUGGAAGAAGAAAGAUUUCACCUUGAUCUUGUUUAAAGAUUCCAUCUUUUUGAGGGAGAUAGAAAGAGGGGAAAUUAUAAUUUGGUGAAUUUGGGCAGGUGAUUGCAAGUUAUUGCACAUGCCGGGGAGCCAAUCGCCAGUUGCAAGCGAUCAUGAAGAAGAAACGGGGGAAAGGGAAUUCCGUGCCAAUGGGAAUUCCAUGAAAACUGCUGAGGUUGAAGCCAAACUUGAUGAAGGCAAUAUUCAGGAAGCCGAAUCAUCGUUGCGCGAGGGUUUAUCUCUCAAUUUUGAAGAAGCCAGAGCUCUUUUGGGAAGGUUGGAGUAUCAGAGAGGUAAUGUCGAAGGUGCUCUUCGUGUAUUUGAAGGUAUUGACCUUCAAGCUGCGAUACAGCGAUUUCAACCAUCUGUAGGAGAUAAAACAUCUAAAAAGGGCGGUCGUCCUCAGUCUCAAUCUAUGCAUGAUGUCCCACAACAUGCUGCUGGCCUAGUUCUUGAAGCCAUAUAUUUGAAGGCCAAAUCCCUUCAAAAGCUCGGGAGGUUAACUGAGGCUGCAAGUGAAUGUAAUAGUGUCCUAGACGCAGUAGAAAAGAUAUUCCUGCAUGGCAUACCUGAUUUGCAAGUGGAUGGUCGGUUGCAAGAGACGGUUAGUCAAGCUGUAGAACUCCUUCCCGAGCUGUGGAAACAAGCUGGAUCACACGAAGAGGCUAUUGCUUCUUAUAGACGAGCGCUCCUCAGUCAGUGGAACCUUGAUAAUGAUUGCUGUGCGAGGAUUCAAAAAAAAUUUGCAGUCUUUCUUCUGUAUAGUGGUGUGGAGGCUGUAGCACCCAGUUUGUCUGUACAGAUUGAUGGGUCGUAUAUUCCUCGAAAUAAUUUAGAAGAGGCGAUUCUACUUUUGAUGAUUCUCAUACGGAAAUGUGCGCUUGGCAAGACCAAAUGGGACCCAUCAGUUAUGGAACAUCUCACGUUUGCAUUGUCUCUAUGUAGUCAAACUUCGGUACUGGCAAGGCAACUUGAAGAGGUCAUGCCCGGGAUUUUUAACCGUAUUGACCGUUGGGUUGCCUUGGCUCUUUCACAUAGUGGUGCACGGGAAAACAUAGAAGCCUUGAACCUGUUAAGGAAGUCUUUGCAUGAAAACGAGAGACCAGACGAUCUUAUGGCUUUGUUACUAGCCGCUAAGAUUUGUGGCGAGGAUCCGCUUAUGGCAUCCGAGGGUGUGACUUAUGCUAAGAGGGCCAUUAGUAGAGCAUCGGGAAGAGACGAGCAUUUUAAAGGCGUUGCUCUACAGAUGCUUGGACUUUGUUAUGGAAAGCAAGCUAAAGUAUGCUCGUCGGACUACAAAAGGUCUAUAUUGCAAUCUGAAGCUUUGAAAUCGUUGGAAGAGGCCUUACGUUUUGAAAGCAACAACCCGGAUUUGUUUCUCGAGUUGGCAGUUCAAUACGCAGAACAUCGCAACGUAAAUGCUGCGUUGCAAUAUGCGAAGCAGUUCAUUGAUUCAACCGGUGGAUCUGUUUUAAAGGGUUGGCGGUUGCUUGCUUUGCUUCUUUCUUCCCAGAAGAGAUACUCAGAAGCCCAAGUUGUUAUUGAUGCCGCUUUAGACGAGACUGCGAAAUGGGAGCAGGGACCACUUCUUAGAAUCAAAGCAAAGCUCAAGAUCUUUCAGUCAUUACCUAUGGAUGCUAUUGAAACUUACCGUUACCUGCUCGCACUUGUUCAAGCACAACGAAAGUCAUUUGGCCCCGUCAAAACUAAUCAUCAGGCUGAUGAUGAUAAAGUAAAUGAGUUCGAAGUCUGGCUUGGUUUAGCAAAUUUAUACUCGGGCCUUUCACACUGGAAGGAUGUUGAAGUCUGCUUGGAGAAAGCCGUGUCUCUUAGACAAUAUUCCGCGGAGACAUUACACACUGAAGGUAUCAUGAAUGAAGGACGGGGAUCAAUAAAGGAAGCGUUGGCUGCUUAUACGAAUGCUGUCUUUUUGGACCCCGAAUAUGUGCCGUGCAAGAUAUUACUAGGUGCAUUGUUGUCGAAAAUGGGUCCACAAGCAUUGCCGGUGGCGAGAAAUGUGUUGUCCGAUGCACUAAGGUUUGAUCCUACGAACCGUAACGCUUGGUAUUACCUUGGAAUGGUACACAAAGACGAUGGGCGAUAUUCCGAUGCUGCCGAGUGCUUCCAAGCAGCCUCUAUGCUCGAAGAAUCCGAUCCUAUCGAAAGCUUUAGCUCUAUUCUUUAACUCUACCCCAACAAUUGCUGCACUCCACAGUACACAAUUUUCCCCAAACAAGAAUGUACCGAAGGUAUUCUUUCGAAUCUAUUCCAAUAUUUUCCCGUCUUUUCUCCCUUUCGUUCUCUUUUUCUUUAUUUUCGGUUUUGGAGUGUGGGUCAUGAAACGGAUAUGCGCAAAAAUGUAUAUCCAUGAUAUAAGUUAAAUUCUAAUAGGUCAUCAUCUUCAUAGCCGAUACAUCUAGCUCAAACCAGGAUUCUAGUAUAAAAGACGAUUUUGUAUCAUAAAUUCAUUUCAAUAUUUUCGUUUAGAAAAAAAUUUAGGAAUACUUCGUAUGAACUACCGAAUACACGGUUGAACGAGAUGGCGAGUGAAUGAAGAUAUAACCGAGGAGUUGUGGUCUCGUCUGCACCGAAGAAAAGGCGAAUUAGUUGUUAUGAAUCUGUGGUUCUGCUAAGAUUGUGUAAAUAUUACUAAUUACAUUUGAUUAUUUUUGAUACAUAUAGAAUAAUUGAUUGUUUCAUUUUUGCUAUUUUCACCCUUUAAAUUCAGCUUUUGUAACCCGAAUCGGUAGAGCCAACACUGGGGUUGCCUUUCCUCCCCUUUUCGAAACUAUAGAACUAUAAAUUUUUGGUUAAUGAAUCAAAAUAUAUCUACAUAAGAGAUCGUCGCUGAUAUAAGCUUGUUUUGU